CGCGACGGGCGCGAGGCGCCGCCCGGCCUCGGUCUCGCGCAGCGCCGCCGCCGGCCGCGCCAGGGUGUCGGCCCACGAGUCCCGCCGCGCGACGCGGACCGCCGGCCGCGGGAGCGUGACGUUGCACUGCCACGGAGUGUCGUCGUCGGACAUCGCGGCCGGCCGUUCCACCCAGGCGAUCCGCACGAGGCCGUCGGCGCAGGCGUCGACGGUGAAAUCCAACCCAUCGUUGUUGUGCGGGACCACCGCCCCGUGGUGGGACCACGGCUCGAGCUCGACGACGUCGCCGCGCCGCGGCUCCGGUGGCGCGGGUAUAUAUUCAAUCCAGAAGCGCACCGAGUCGUCGAGCGCCGCCUCGACGACCGAGGCCUCGCCGCGGAACAGCUCGUCGACAUUAACCUCCGUCUCGGACGCCCCGUCGCGCAGCACCAGCGUCGGUUUCAAGACGUUCCCGCGCUGUCGCCAGUUUUCGCCGAACGCAGAGCGCUGCACGGCCAGGAACGUCGACGCCUCGCCUUUGAUCGUGAGGCUCUCGGCCCCGAAGCCGCAGCCGAUGCGCCGGCCCCGGAGCUUCGCGGCGUCGCCCUUCAGGCGCAGGUGGCCGCAGAGGUCGUCCGUCAUUUGUCUUUACCACGGUGCUGCGGCAGUUUUGGUCGACGCUGGUUGAGCAGCGACGACGUGUGCUGCCACUCGACAGCCUGGCACUGCUGGCAGUCUGUGCAGGACACCGCUCGAUCGCUCCACUUACGCGCUGCGGUGGUACGGUUCACGAUCGACGUUUAACGGCACGAAACAGAACGCCUAUGGCUUACGCUGAGCCCCUGUUUUUGUGCUGUG